ACUGCUAUUAAGAGCACGCUACUCUGUGCUCUGCUGCAGAAGACAGAGUGGUAUUCGUGUUACCACAGCAUGUUGUCACUGUAUGCGAUUUUGCUCAUCCCGGCUUGGAAAUAAGAAUAGGGAAAGGAGAGCAACUUGAAUCAGAAGCCGCUAGAAGAGCGGGCAGAGUUCCGCAGCAGUUUAUAUUUGUUCUUACAUUUUGCCUUCUACUAACUGGAAAACAGAGAGACUGGCAGUUUUUAAACGGGCUUUUCCCAUAAUGGCAUUCUUGUAUUGUGUGGCCAGAGCUCGCACAGGAGGAAAGCAGGCUGCCGAAUUUAGUCACUGAUCUCUAUUAGCUGUGGCCUAAGGCUAUGCUGAGGUUUAUAUCCCAUUUGUAUUGUUGCAGCUCAAAAGAAGAAUGUUCAGAGGAUGACAAGUGUAUUCUGAGUAGAUCUCUGGUGGAGGACGAAGACCAGCACAUGAAAUUGUCCCUCGGAAGCAGCGAAAUGGGUCUCUCGUCGCAUCUGCAGUGUUCCAAGUCAGGAACCACACGCAUCUUUACCAGCAACACCCACAGUUCCGUGGUGUUACAGGGCUUUGACCAGCUUCGACUUGAAGGAUUGCUUUGUGAUGUGACCCUGAUGCCAGGUGACACGGAUGACGCCUUCCCUGUGCAUAGAGUCAUGAUGGCCUCUGCUAGUGAUUACUUCAAGGCCAUGUUCACAGGUGGAAUGAAAGAACAAGAUUUAAUGUGCAUUAAGCUUCAUGGUGUGAGCAAAGUCGGUUUAAGGAAAAUUAUUGAUUUCAUUUACACUGCAAAGCUUUCCCUUAACAUGGACAACCUUCAAGAUACACUAGAAGCUGCCAGUUUUCUACAGAUUCUGCCGGUUUUGGACUUCUGCAAAGUGUUUCUCAUAUCUGGGGUCACUUUAGACAAUUGUGUCGAAGUUGGUCGGAUCGCCAACACCUACAAUCUGACAGAAGUGGAUAAAUACGUCAACAGUUUUGUCUUGAAGAAUUUUCCCGCAUUGCUGAGCACCGGGGAGUUCUUAAAACUCCCUUUUGAGCGUCUUGCCUUCGUGCUUUCCAGUAAUAGCCUUAAGCAUUGCACUGAACUCGAGCUUUUUAAGGCCACCUGUCGCUGGCUACGCCUGGAAGAGCCUCGGAUGGACUUUGCUGCAAAAUUAAUGAAGAACAUACGAUUUCCACUGAUGACACCACAGGAGCUCAUUAAUUAUGUGCAAACCGUGGAUUUCAUGAGAACUGACAACACGUGCGUGAAUCUCCUUUUGGAAGCCAGCAAUUACCAAAUGAUGCCGUAUAUGCAGCCAGUGAUGCAGUCAGACAGGACUGCCAUUCGCUCUGACACCACUCAUCUGGUCACACUGGGAGGAGUUCUGAGGCAGCAGCUGGUUGUCAGCAAGGAAUUGCGCAUGUAUGAUGAAAAGGCCCACGAAUGGAAAUCUUUAGCCCCCAUGGAUGCCCCAAGGUACCAGCAUGGCAUUGCCGUCAUUGGAAAUUUCCUCUAUGUCGUCGGCGGACAGAGUAAUUAUGACACGAAAGGAAAAACGGCGGUCGAUACAGUCUUCAGAUUUGAUCCUCGCUACAAUAAAUGGAUGCAAGUUGCAUCUUUAAAUGAAAAGCGCACCUUCUUCCACCUAAGUGCCCUCAAAGGAUACCUGUAUGCAGUCGGCGGGCGAAACGCGGCUGGUGAACUGCCCACAGUCGAGUGUUACAAUCCAAGAACAAAUGAGUGGACCUACGUUGCCAAAAUGAGUGAGCCCCACUAUGGCCAUGCUGGAACCGUAUAUGGAGGAGUGAUGUAUAUUUCAGGAGGAAUUACUCAUGAUACUUUCCAAAAGGAGCUGAUGUGCUUCGACCCUGAUACUGACAAAUGGAUCCAGAAGGCGCCAAUGACCACUGUCAGAGGUCUGCAUUGCAUGUGUACGGUGGGCGAGAGGCUCUACGUCAUUGGUGGCAAUCACUUCCGAGGAACGAGCGAUUACGACGAUGUCCUGAGCUGUGAAUACUACUCCCCUAUCCUUGACCAGUGGACCCCAAUUGCUGCCAUGCUAAGGGGGCAGAGCGAUGUUGGGGUCGCUGUCUUUGAAAAUAAAAUCUACGUGGUUGGUGGGUAUUCCUGGAAUAACCGUUGCAUGGUAGAGAUCGUGCAGAAAUACGACCCAGAUAAAGAUGAAUGGCAUAAGGUUUUUGAUCUCCCGGAGUCCCUUGGUGGCAUCCGAGCUUGUACGCUCACGGUUUUCCCCCCCGAAGAAACCACACCAUCACCUUCUAGAGAGUCCCCUCUUUCUGCACCGUAAGAUCAUCCCUCCAACUAAGAUGCUGUAGUCCUAUCUUUGCAACGUGUCAUGAAUUCUCUUCUUUUGCCCCCCUUUAGUAGUGUGUUAGGAUUAGCCUCCAGUAAUCGAUACCGAUAUUGGAAAAAAGACAACCUUGAUGUUAUUUGUGCUGUUCGUUUGGCUUAGAGUGUUUAUCAAGUGGUAACAAAACCAUUCUGGAAAUGUAUCCCGUUGAAGCUGAUGUUUAACAUACAAAAAAAAAAAAAAACCCAAAAACCACAAAACCACAAAAAAAAAGAACCCACCAAGGUAUUGUCUAUAAAAUGUUUCUUCAGUACUUUCUUGGUGCCGUGUACCGGGUGUGAGGUAUUUAUCAUCUCCUAUUCGAAAGCCCCAUAAACCAACUUGCAGGUGGAUUGUAACUACAACUGUGCUAAUAACUAGGCUUCAAAGUAAAAAGUUUUCGCUUUCAUCUUUGUGAGGUGUGAAAGGGAGGCGGCUCGCCCCACCAGGAGACAAUAGCGAAAGGUCGCCAACUCGCAUGAGCUCCCUCCCUCUUUUCAUAAAGUAUUUUUGACAUAUCUGUCAACCCACAUGUCUGCGUGGGUGCAUUGAGAACAUAGAAAGUUUCUUAGACACACAGGAGAAAUCGUAACUGUAACCAAACAAACAAACAAACAAACAAAACAGCACGACCCCUGUACUUAUAAACAAGGGUUCGGGGUUUCUAAAGUGUGUAUAGACACACACACAUACAUACAUCAGACACAAAAUUUUAAACCUUGAACGGCGCGUCAGAUCAACGUGCAAAAGCCUUUUUAAAUUCCUUCCAAAAAGCAGCAGCUUCCAUGAGAAUGGGAAUUCAGUGCAUACUGAAUUGAGGUGGAUAAGGGCUAGAAAUUUUGAGCAACUCAAUUUGUCACAAGACCAAAUUUUUCCUUCCGAGACUGUAAUCGACACCUUCUCCUUGGCUGUUGAGGUAACUUACGUAUUAUGUGUUCUGUAUACUCUCGAUUCAUAAGGUUAUUUAGCACAAAAUGUAGCAGCUUCACCUGGCGAGCUGCUUUUGCUCAGUGAUCUCAACUUCCAUGUUUUAUCUCUUUUUGUUCAAUAAAAAAGCAUUUAAUGUCA